AUGCUAAGCUCUGAGGAGGCACGGUGGAAGGAGGAAAGAGAAAAAGCGCUUGAAGAAUGGAGCGAAAUCGAACUAAGGUUCCCGGAUGGUCCACCACUUAUUAAUACGAAUGGGGUGACGCUAAAUGGCCACGAUUGCCGGCGACAGUCCUCGGACAAAGACCACCACUAUUUUCAUGAUUCCGAUCCUUUGAUAGAGGAAAUCCUCAAUGAGAACUACGAUCAUGAAAUGGCAGCGGUGGCUUCUACCAUGAGCGCAGUACACCCAACUACUCUGGAUGUUAUCGUGCAGAAAUGCUUAUGCAGGCCGAAGCAUCAUUUAGAGAGUAAUUCACUUAAGAGAGAAAGGACAUUGUUGCUGGCUUUGAGCACUGUACCGUAUUGCCUCGCAUCAACCACGCAAUGGUCUAUACUUCGGGCUUUUUAUUCAGCUGUCGCUACAUUCGCUCUUGAUGACCCCUCACUCGCUUCGGAAUGUCCACGCAAAGGGAACCACUGGCAGAUUGUGGGAUUUCAAGGAUCCGAUCCUGCAACUGACUUCCGUGGAACAGGAAUUCUUGGUUUGAUACAACUUUACUGUGUUGUAAAAAAUCUACCCGAAAGCAAGUUAGCUACUAUUGUUCAGUUGUCACGGGGCGAACCCAAUGACUUUCCAUUGGCUGUAGUGGGAAUAAACAUCACAGCACUUCUUGUAGCUAGACUUCGCAAUGGUGAACUUCUCGAGUCCGCUGUCGCAUGUGGUGGAUACUUAAAAGCUAUAAACCAACUAUAUCAGUCAUCCUUGGUCUUAUUCUGUAAGCAAUGGAAGGAGGAGAACUGCUCAGUGAAGGACUGUCAGCACUUAUUAAAUAGGAUUGACUCUUUGCUGCGACAUUCCCAGAAGACAUUAUUGAACUCAUAA